UUUGUACAGUACGUGCAUUAUUUUUAUUCUAGCGUGUCUAGCAACGAGUUUGCGAUUAAGACAUCAACUGAAGUGAGCUAGGAUUUCGAGAUUUUAGCAUUUUGAUCCCGACACAUUCACACCGAUAGACCCCCGAUAAUGUAGAAACAAAACUCGUAUGUACUGGUUGCGUCAAUGUCAUCUCUGAGGCCCAUGGCAGGCCAGAUUUGCGCAUCGUGUCAGGCACCGAUUUCACAGGGGCUUCAAAGCCAGCGGGCGACGUGUCCGACGUGCGCGAGGAGCUUCCCGGCAGGGGCUCGCCGCACGCCAGGUGUUGUGGCCCCGCUAACUCCCGGCGGUGUCAGCGGUGACGUGGGGAUGUACUCGCACCAGGCCAUGACAGACAGUGUAAAUGACAGACUGCCGUCGCUACGUACACCUUCUGCUGACAAAAAUGAUAAAACCAACAAGGGUGGUAGGUUCUCCGGGAUCACCAACUUCUUCAGCUCACUGGGUGGGGGAAAGGCAAAAGGGGAGAAAGGAAACGAGCAGGAGAUGAACACCAAAGGUAGGCCGUCAUCGGAGCAGGGCCUUCCCGCUAUCAACCCAGGCCAAGCCAUGGUGUCGCAGAGUGCACCCAGCUUGGGUGGCAAAGGUUUACACAAAGGGAAGGAGGCAAUACUACAAGGUUACACUCCCAUGACACUCAAGCAGUUUAAAGAAUGUUUAUCCAAAGCCAAAGCAUCGGAGAACUUCAAGAAAGUACAGGGUUUCUACGAGUUAGCCUUCAGCUCAUUUUCACACAUCAAUGCCACAUUUAUGGAAGCAGGUAAAGACCCUAGGAGCACAGAAGACCCUGGAACAUCCCAGGCCUAUGUUAGUACAGUCUUUAAACACCUUCUGGAGGUACCUGAAGAGAUACAGAAGACAACGCUAAAAGCCAUCAUCAAUAGCCUUCUGAAAGACAUGAAAAAGCCAAGGGAUAAGAAUGACUUAAGAGCUUAUCUUAUUCUGUUGCAGAACCCUCAGUUUAGACAGACAUCCACUUAUGUCAUCUUUGCUCACCUACUACGGCAGGUUGCAGGUCUCUGUGAUCAGGACCAUCAUUAUCUCGUCCACUGGUUCAAAAGACUUCCAAAUGACACCUUUAGGGACAUGGUCAGUCGACUUAUUCAAUUCAUCUCCAUCCGGCUGUUUCCACCUGAGCCAGCUGAUCUGCCACCCAUUGGCAAGUGUUCUUGGUGGAUACCCUCCGUCACCAAAGUCCUGGCACUGCUCAAUGCAGCCAACUCGUUAACAGUCCCAAACAAGAUUGUCUACACCUGCUUCUACAACAACACCUUGGACCAUGUAGAUCUUAUGAAGGAAUAUUACGCUUGGCAGAGUCCCAACAAUUACCAAACAUUCACCUUCUGCCAAUACCCGUUCAUUCUAAGUCUUCAAGCUAAGCGUACCAUCAUGCAGAAAGACUCAGAACAGCAGAUGAUCAUGACAGCGAGGAGAAGUCUGGUAGCCAAGGUCCAGCAGAGGCAGAUGCCCAACAUGAACAUGCUGUUUUUGAACCUGAAGGUGCGCCGGUCACACCUUGUCUCAGACUCUCUACAUGAGGUCGCGAGGAAGAAAGCUGACUUGAAGAAGAAGCUUCGAGUGCAGUUCCACAAUGAGCCCGGAUUGGACAUGGGUGGGCUGACCAAGGAGUGGUUUCUGCUCCUUCUCAGAAAGAUCUUCAAAGAAGAGUAUGGAAUGUUUACCUACAACGACAAGUCUCGGUGCUUCUGGUUCAACCCAGCUUGUGUGGACUGCAAUCAGGAAUUUAACUUAGUGGGAGUGCUGAUGGGUCUAGCUGUGUACAACAGCAUCAUUCUAGAUAUUCACUUCCCAGCUUGUACCUACCGGAAACUCCUCAGUCCUGCCGUGGUGCCUUACAACAAUCCUGGGGCUGAGGUGGGUCGGACGUCGGUCACCCAGGAAGACCUCGCUCAGGUCAACCCGGAAUUGGCCCAUGGUUUAAAGGAGCUGCUCACCUACGAGGGUAACGUUGAGGAUGACCUUUGCAUGAGUUUCCAGAUAUCCCUUCCAGUCUAUGGAACUGUGCAGACUAUAGAUCUCAAGCCAGAUGGAGCCAGUAUACCAGUCACCAAUGAAAACAGGAGAGAAUACGUUGAGCUGUACCUGAAAUAUCUUCUGAAUGACUCCAUAUACCAGCAGUUUGCAGCCUUCUAUCAUGGCUUCCACAGUGUCUGUGCCUCCAAUGCACUGAUCAUGCUCAGACCAGAGGAGGUUGAGAUGCUGGUGUGUGGGAGUCCAAACCUAGACCUGGACGCAUUGGAGAAAGUCACUACGUAUGAUGGAUUUACCAAAGAGGACCAGACUAUAAGGUACUUCUGGGAGGUAGUGAAAGCAUUCCCUGUAGCUCUACAGAAGAAGCUGAUGCUGUUUGCAACAGGUAGUGAUCGCAUCCCAAUCGGAGGAAUGGGAGAGAUGACUUUCAAGAUUGUUAAAGUGAAUGCCUCCACCAGCAUGCUGCCCAUGUCACAUACAUGCUUCAACCAGCUGAUCCUACCACCUUAUAAGAGCAGACGGCAGUUGAAACAUAAGAUUACUAUUGCCAUCUCAAAUGCUGAGGGCUUUGGACUUGAGUAGAAUCCCCCCUCCCCAUCUGGCACCUUCCUUUAGCUGCCCUUCUGGACGAUCGGCCACCUGUCACCUGUCGUCAUGACGGGGUCCAUCCUAAGGUGGGAUUGUCCAGAGUUCAAGUUAAGCCCGUCACUAGAUAAGCCUCAACGCCAAGCCGCAUCCCAGGUCCAGUCUCAAGUAAAAGAGAAUGAACGGAGGACAGAGAAAUUGAGAUUUAUAACUUGAGACUGACUGACUUGGGGCGAAGUUGUGAUUGACUUGUUGGGACUUGACUUACAACACUGGCAUUGUCCAGAAAUUAGUCCAUAAAUAUACUUCGUUGGUGCAUUCAGUGUGACAGAAAAAAAGGAGUAAUUGUAUCAAUUUUGCCAUAACAAAACAUGGGAUGUAAAUAAAAGAUUUAUUGAAACCGGUGUGCUAGUGGUUGGAUGUGUAUAGAAAGGAUUAACCCAGUGACAGCUGAUGCUUGCAGAAAAUUUUGUAGAACCAUUGCUUGGAGAACCAUUUUUGUUAAGGUUACCUCUCCAGAAAUGACGAAUGGUAUUUGGUCAACUUCGGUGCAAUACGUGUAGAUAUAUAUAGACGGAUGUCAGUUAGGAAUGUGUUCUUGGAGAGAAACUUUUGGCUUUGAUCUUUUGAAAAAUAUUAAGUUGUACGUGUUGUGCUAAAAAAUAUGUUCUUUUCUGAAGCCAAGAUACUUCUGUUUCGUGUAGCUUUUCAUAGGCUUUCUAGCAUUUCCAUGUUCAUCAUUUUCAUUCAUUUUUCAUGAUUUUAUUCACCAUUUUGCUGCUUUAUUUCGGCAAUUUCAUUCUUUAUUACAUCUUGGAAACAUUCCCACUACUACAGAUGUUCUGCACCCCCCCAAAAAAAUGACUAAAAGGUAUAAAAAGCAAAUGAAAUUAGAAAUUUGGAUGGGAAAUGUGCCCAAGCCCGAUUGUCACUGGGUGAAGCCAGAGUAUGUCUUUCCUAUAAAACAUAUUAUGUCUAAUUUAAAGUAAGAUUUAUGUAUAUAUGCAUGUUAAUGUAUUUAAAAAAAUUCUGAAUGUAUUCACCUUGAAAUGAAACAGAAGGGUUUAUCAAAGAAUGCUGAAUUCUCCAAAGUUUGUCUAUUUUCUUACAUGUACAGUUUGUCAGCAUUGCUAUUGUGCGUGUUAUGCAUCCUCCAUACAGUAUUUAUCAAAGUGCCUUUUCUCAAAAUUUUCUCUGUCUACUCUUUAUUAGAAGUGGGAAGAAAUUAUCGAAAGCAGAAAGUUCAAAAUGUGCCUGUUACAUUUUGCCUAGUUCCGGUUUUAGUCAGCAUUCAGCUGGACAUGGACUUGUGGUCCUCAAUUUUAUGAAGUGCUGCAUUUUGUUUUCUCCUGUCCUCUUGCGGAAUGAAUCAAGAAAAACUUGCACAAUUUUGUACACACCGUCGAAAUUCAGAUGUUCUCAGCAUGAGUGUUGUGUACAAAAUUUGAGGUAGACAGAGUACAGUACAAAUACAUGCAGAGUUUUACUCCAAAGUGAGAGCUUUGCCUUCACAUUAGAGCUAAAAAUUACUCUCGGAUGUUUUCUUCUCCAGAUCCUUAAUUCUGUAGUUUUUCCCUUUUUCAACAGUUGUUAGAUUGGAUGAAGAAAGUCAUGCAUUAAUGUCUUGCCGUAUGUUAUUUACGUUUCGUGUUUUUAGUCAUUAACAUUCUUUAAAGAAACAUCCUAAACAUGUACAAAAUCACCCACUUGCGAUAAAUUGUAUUUUGUUACAAAAUACAAGUUUUGUAAUCCACUGAUGUACAUGUAUGAAGUUUUACUUAUGAAUUGGCCCCAAAUGUGCCUUUAAUUAUUGCACAUACAUGAAAGAGGAAGUGGCUUGUAAUAUUUCCCUGCUUUCGUUUCGCUUGCCUUACGAAGAAAAACCCCAAAUGUUAGUCUCGAUAGAAUCUUUAAAAAUUGUUCAUAUUUAUAGAAAAUGAAAUCACUUUUUAACAAAUCAUUGUUUUGACGGUCUAUGAUUUUGAAAGUUUCUAGUACCACACCAAAUUAACAUUGAAUUUCAGCUUUUUUGUUGAGAAAAAAAUUCCCAAACUAGCAGUGGGUUAAAUUUUAUCUGUACAUGUGUAUGUAAAUUUACCGACACAAAAUUUUCAAGAUUUAAAUGAUUGUACACGAAAAAUUCUGUAUAGAGCCAAGACCUUGCGUUAGUUUAUUUAGCU